GGAUAUGCUCGCCGUCGCCGUCGCCUUUGGCGUCCUCGCCGCGCUUCUCAGCGCCCUCUUCCUCCUACCGAGUCGCUACUUGCCGUACUCUGUGACCGCGUCCAGCAUCGAAGUGCCUCCUGGCAAGACAGGCGGUGAGGCCAUGUACGCGUACUGCUUGCACCAGCACACGGCCGCCCGCCGCGCGUCGCUCGAGGCUGCGACCACCAUGACGCGGCACGCCGAGUGGCUCGUCUACAUUGGCAUAUUGGCGUCCGCCGUGUCCAGCUACAUGCCCCUUGCGUAUGUUGUUUUCGGCAGCGGCAGCUUUGUGCUGUGGCACGUCGCGUCCUUCUGGCGCUGCGACGUACGCCGACGCCAGCACGACGUCGACGCUGACCAAUGGGCCGCGGCGUCGCCUUGCGUGCAGGCUUUUCUCGCUCGGGCCAUGCCCCCCAACGCGCCUUUGAAAACGCCGCACGCGUGGUGGUGA